AUGCAGGUCACACGCGGCUCGACUGUUAUUCGUGCUAUUGCGCGUGUUUGGAGCCUAGUUGUUGAUGGGAUCCGAUGGUCAGUUCGAAACGGCCAGCGUAUUCACUUCUGGACGGACCGAUGGCUUACGAACUCUACAAUCCUCCUCCACGAAGCCCGUCAACCAGUGCCAGAAUACCUUCUCACUUGGACCUUGGAUAGAUUCGUUGACGACGUCGGUGCUUGGCGGUGGGACCUUUUCCAACCGCUGUUGCCCGCGACGGUACUCAUGCGGAUUGCUGCCAUUCUACCUCCUUCCCCGGAUUUGGGCGACGACAUUAUGUACUGGGGGUGGUCGGGGGACGGUCGUUUCACCACCAAAUCGGCUUAUGAGUUUCUAGCUGGGCCUCAGCCCGAGAACAAUGGGCGUUUAUGGAAACACAUUUGGAGCUGGUCGGGGCCCCAAAGAAUCCGUCAAUUCAUGUGGCUAAUUGUUAAGGAUCGUUUGCUAACCAAUGACGAACGUUACCGUCGCCAUCUAGCGGAGAGCGCCUCGUGUGUGUUGUGUGGUGCCGCCCGCGAGACGAUAUUGCACUGUCUUCGAGACUGCUGCCAUGCUGUCCAAACGUGGCGUCGGAUUAUCCCGCUUUGUUCCCAGGCCUCGUUCUUCUCCCUCGAGAUUAGUGAUUGGCUGCGCCUCAAUAUCCAUAAUACUUUGAACAUUCAAGUAGAAAACUGGAGCUACAAGUUGAAGGGUGCACUUCGGCCGUUCUGCACGCGAAAAGCUUAG